UCUAUAUCUAACAUAGCUUCCAAUUGCAGUGCUCAGCGAUAAUCAAUAUUAACAGUAAAUAUGAGCGAAGCAAAAAAAGAAGAGAAAACGCCACUCCGCGAUUUUGAAUGGAUGAUUAGACCGUGUAUGAUGUACAAGGACGAGUACGAUGACUGCACCAGUAUAAAGGCUCGUUUCCAUCAAUACUUCAUAUUCGGCAAAACAGUUGAUUGCGACCAGUGGAAGAUUGAUUAUCGGAAUUGCUAUCAAUGGGAAAAGCACAAAUCGGAAGAGGCAUAUGACUCGCUGAUCAAGAGUGAGAAGCAACGUCGACAUAAUCGAUUGCAUGCGCAUUAUCAGAACGAUAUCUGGGAGAGGAGGGAGAAACCGCCAGAGAACUGGAACACUUCUCUGCCCGAAUGGAUGCAAAAGGAGUUUGAAAAUUCGUAUCUGCAUAUACGAAGCAAAGAGAUGAAGGAAGGCAUAGAGACAUCUUCUCUCGACACGAGAUGUAUUAUAUUGUAACAGCGGAUUUCUUGUGUUAGAGCCCAGACACAAGCUUUUGCAUAAUGCAUAACGCAUAGUAUAUAAAAGA